AUGGUUGCCACCAUGAUCUGGCUCUCCGAGAUGGGGAGCCGCUUCGGCACCGGCCUUAAGCGCUCCUUUGCGUCCUCUGAUCCCAAGAAGAACAAUAACCACCCAUUCGGAUUCCGUCAAGACAAGUCUCCCGUUCUCGGUAUCCUCGCGUUCGAGACUGCCAAGGCCAUGUCUCGCAUUGUCUCUCUCUACAAAUCCCUCUCCGACAACGAGAUCUUCAAGCUCCGCAAGGAGGUCAUGCGAUCCCCAGGCGUCGCUUAUCUCAAUUCCACAGAUGAAGCUUUCCUUCUUAACCUCGCCUGCGCAGAGAGGAUUGAGGAGCUUGAUCGCGCUGCCAUUGUCGUCGCUCGGUUAGGGAGGAAAUGCUUUGACCCUGGAUUGAAUGGGUUCGAACAAAUAUACUCCGACCUCAAGCUCGGGCUCAUCGAUUUAACGAAACUGGAUUUCGGGUCCAGGGAGAUAGAGAAGAUCACUGACAAGAUGGAGAAGUACAUCUCCUCCACCUCUGCUUUGUACUCCGCACUUGAGGCUGUAGCUGAGUUGGAGGUAUCGGAACGGAAAUUAAAGCAAUGGAAGAGACACCCCGGUCAGCUACAAGCACAGAAAACGAACUCCGAUUUGUUCGACCAGAAACUGGCGUGGCAGAGGCAACAGGUUCGACACUACAGGGACGUCUCCCUCUGGAGUCAGCCCUUCGACAAGAGCGUCGGUCUGAUGGCUCGAACCAUCUGCAUCAUCUACGCCCGCAUAUGCACCGUUUUUGGGCCCUACAUUUCAGUUCUACCUCAGGUUCCAAACCGUCACUCACGUUCCACUUCGCACCAGUUUGAUUACCCACUGUACCCGAUUCGCGACAGAUCGGUAAAAGAAAUAUCGGCAUGCUCAAAAUCGGGGCCUCUACCAGGCUCUAACAAUCCCAAGCGGGGUUUGAUCCGGUUUUGGAGUCGAGAGUCGAACCCGGAGGAAGACAUGCAAAUCGGUAUGAGUGUGGGUUUUGGAAUUGGGUUCAAGGAGAACCAUUAUUAUCUGUUUGGAGGGGUUGGGAAAAGGAAUAAGUUACUACAGGUGGCGCCACCAUCGACGCUGGGUGGUUCGGGUCUGGCGUUGCGGUAUGCAAACGUUAUAAUUCAGGUAGAGAAGUAUGUCGACUCGCCGUGUUCCAUAGGAAACGACACGCGAGAGCAACUGUACCAGAUGUUACCGGCCAGUCUAAAGAUGUCGGUGAAGGCCAAGUUGAAGAACACUUGGAGUAGGGAGAAGAACUCGUCCAAGUUGUUUAUAGAUGAAUCGCUGGCAGAGGGAUGGAGGGAGGCGCUGAAGGAGAUUCUGGGGUGGCUUGCGCCCAUGGCGCAUGAUACCGUCAAGUGGCAAACCGAGAGGAAUUUCGAGAAGCAGAACUUCGACGCAAAGCCAACCAUAUUGUUGUUGCAGACGUUGCAUUUUUCAGAUAGGGAGAAGACGGAGGCAGCCAUCUCGGAGGUCUUGGUGGGGUUGAGUUGUAUAUGUCGGUAUGAAAAUGAACGUUCGGGUAAGGGUUCGGGUAAUGUACCCCACAAGUAA